AUGGCAUUAUCUCCAAAGAAGUUAGAUUUGAAAGGGCUUCCUGCGACCAUCUACCCUUUUCAAACGGCCGAUGAAAUACCUGAAAAACUCAAGGAAGUACUGUUCAAAACAUUCAAUGACGAGCUUGAGAGAGGAGAUACAUAUCCACAGGAGUUUCCUGCCUCAUAUGAGGAGUUUGAUGCGUAUUGGUUGCACUAUUUCGUCGCGGUCAUGCUAGAGGGAAACCUCAGUGUGGAGGAGCUAGGCAAAGUAGACAGUUUCGAAGAUAUUUUUCUCGGAAGCUACUACAUAAAACCCAACUACCCAGGCCGGUCUUCACACAACUGCAAUGCCGGAUUUUUGGUCAAUUUCGCGAAAAGAGGAAGGAGUAUAGGAAAGACACUGGGACAGAGUUACCUUGAGUGGGCACCGAAACUGGGCUACACUUACUCGGUAUUCAAUCUGGUUUACGAGACAAACGUUGCCAGUUGUAAGAUAUGGGAUGGCUUGGGAUUUGAUAGAAUAGGCAAAGUCAAAAAUGCCGGCCGUCUGAAGGGCUACGACCACCCCGUUGCGGCGAUAUUGUUUGGUAAAGAUCUGGUCUGA